AUGAGGGACCGGCGCGACGUUGAUUACUGUCCCCCUGCUCUGACAGGAGGGCCAUACAUCACACAGUUCCACCUGUCUCUAGCUCCACAACCCAAGGCCUUGGGCCUGUCCAGCUCUCUCACACCCAGAGCUGGCGUGUUGCCGGAGCGCCAGUUUGGGACCCAGUUUGUGUGCAGUGUGGUGGCGUCUCACGUCAGCCACCAGGCCUCCUCCAGCUUCAGCUUCGUCUGGAUCGCCCCGCCGCCCGGAACCGGCUGUGUCAACUUCUUGGCCACCUCCACCCAUCGAGGGCAGAUCAUCUUCAAGGACGCUCUGGCCCAACAGCUCUGUGAGCAGGGAGCCCCCACUGAAUCCCCAUUGAGGCCCAGUCUUGCUGAGAUCCAUGGUAACCACGCCGUGCUGCGUGAUGACUUUGACUCUAACCUGCAAGGAGAACUGGACCCCAACAUCUGGGCUGAGUGCAGUACCUGUGAAGUGGGGGAGCAGUGUGGGGUUCUGAUGCAUGGGCGUGCCGUGACGUUCUGUGAACCCUUCGGAGAGAGAGCGCUGACCACCGUGCCUCUGAACACCAGCACUGCCUCCAUCCUUCAGUUUGCUCUGGGUUCUGGCUCCUGUCGCUUCAGUUACGCAGACCCCAGCAUCACCUUGUCGUUCAGCCUGAACAGCUCAGAUGACUGGAUCGUCCUGGAGAAGAUAAGAGCUCCGACUAACAGCAGUACGGUGGUCCACCUCCUGCCCCUGCCGGUCCCCUCCAGAGGGGAGGGGGUGCGUCUGCGCUGGUCUCAGGAGCCCCCCCAGGGCCCAGAGGGCUACGAGUCCUGCUGGGGCCUCGACAACAUCCUGCUGGUCAACGCUGCUCACAGACCCCCUCUCGUGGAGGACAACCUGGACCCCCCCAACACCGCCAACUGGCUCUUCUUCCCUGGAGCCACUGUGAAGCAUGCCUGUCAGUCAGAGGGCAAUGCUCUGUAUUUCCAUGGCGGCGAGGGGGUGGUCAACACCUUUGCCACCACCCAAGACAUCGACCUGCACCGCGAGGAGGGACGCAGCUACUGGGAGGAAGACUUUGAGAGCCCUCCCUCCAACUGGGACAUUGAGGGGGCUGUGUACGGUACUCAGUGUGGCGAGGUCGAGUCUGGCUCUGCCCUGGUCCUGGAGGGGGAGGGGCAGAGGAAGGUGUGCACCCCCUAUUUGGACACAACCUCCUUCGGCAACCUGAGAUUCUACUUCACCAUGGGAGGUGGAGGGUGUGACCCUGGGGAGUCCCACGAAAAUGAUGUCAUCCUGUUUGGGAGGUCUGAGGGCAGGAGGGAGCGCUUCAUACUGGACACCCUGCCCUACUCCUCCUACAGGACUCCAGGUGUUGUGUCAGUGGCGCUGCCCACUGAGCUGCAGACUCCGGUCACCCAGUUCUGCCUGGAGCAGCGUGCCCACGGCGGUGCCAGGCGCCACGUGUGGGCCCUGGACUUCAUGCAGCUGCUGCCCGUGUUACCUGGCACCCACACGCACGUGGCCCAGUUCUCCAUCAACCUGGGCUGCGGCUCCUACCAGCCCGCCAACAGCGUCAACCUGGAGUUCUCCACCAAUCACGGGCGUUCCUGGUCUCUGCUCCACACCGAGUGCCUCCCAGAGCUGUGUGCUGGACCCCAUCUGGCCCACAGCACCAUCUACUCCUCAGACAACUACAGCGGUUGGACCAGGAUCUCCAUCCCCCUGCCCAACGCAGCCCUGACGGAGACCACCCAGUUACGCUGGAGACAGUCGGGCAUGGGCACAGGCAACAUGUGGGCGAUAGACAAUGUGUACAUCGGGCCGUCCUGCCUGCGUUUCUGCUCCGGAAGAGGACACUGUUCUCGCACCGGCUGCAAAUGUGACCCCGGGUUCAGCGGGCCGGCGUGUGAGCUGGCGUCCCAGACCUUCCCGGCCUUCCUGUCCGAGGGCUUCUCCAGCCCCCGCCUGUCCUCCUAUCACAGCUUCUCAUCUCUGCGGGGCGCCGAGGUCAGCUUCGGCUGUGGCGUGCUGGCUAGCGGCAAGGCCCUGGUGUUCAACAGAGACAGCAGACGCCAUCUUGUCACCGCUCCUCUGGAUAGCUCCCAGGCCAGGUAUCUCCAGUUCACUCUGAGGCUGGGCAGUCGCAGCAUCCUGAGCUCCUGCCCCGCACCUGACCAGGCGGGGGAGGGCGUCUUGCUGCACUACUCCUCAGACAACGGCAUCACCUGGACAUUGCUGCAGCACUAUGCCUACCAGGGCUUCCACGAGCCCAGGAUUGUGUCUGUGGAGCUCCCCCCUGGAGCCCGUAAGUUUGGGGUUCAGUUCCGCUGGUGGCAGGCGUACCACUCUGGGCGCGGGCUGGACGUGUGGGCGCUUGACGAGAUCACCAUGACCUCAGUCCUGUUCAACACCAUCAGCCUGGACUUCAGCAACGUUCUGGACGUCACCCAGAGUCUGGGCUUCUACCUGGGCCACGUGCAGCCCUACUGCCAACACGACUGGACCCUCAGCUUCUCUGGGGAGCCCAGCCCUGGAUCCAGCCUGCGCUACGUGGAGACCCAGUCCAUGCAGAUUGGAGCGUCCUACAGCCUCCAGUUCUCAUUGGUCAUGGGCUGCGGACGAGAGCCCUCCCCCCACAUUGACACGCAGGUCCGGCUGGAGUUCUCCACCAAUCACGGGCUCACCUGGCAUCUGGUCAAGGAGGCCUGUCUGCCAGGCAUGCCAAGCUGCUCAGAGUUCACCGCUCCCAGCGUCUACCACCCGUCUGAGUUUAGAGACUGGAGACGCAUCACCCUGCCCCUGCCCCACAAGACAUGGUCAAGUGCCACCAGGUUCCGGUGGAUCCAGAACUACUAUGGGGAGCAGGAUGAAUGGGCUCUGGAUGACAUCUACAUAGGACAGCAGUGUCCUCACAUGUGUCACGGACACGGCUGGUGUGACCACGGACACUGCAGGUGUGACGAGGGCUUCUCUGGAACAGACUGCCAGCCCUCCUCCCCUCUGUCCUCCAGCGUCCUGUCGGACUUCGAGUCCCAGGAUGCACUGCUGGCCGCAUGGCAGGAAGUGAUAGGCGGAGAGGUGGUGACCCCUGACAUGGGCUGUGGGGUGGUGUCAUCCGGGUCCUCUCUGUACUUCAGCAAGGCUGGACUGAGGCAGCUCGUGAGCUGGGACCUGGACACAGAGUGGGCGGAGUUUGUGCAGUUCUACCUGCGCGUGGGCGGGGACUGGGCGGAGUGUAACCAUGCCGACAGCAGGGAGGAGGGCGUGCUGCUCCAGUACAGCAACGACGGCGGCAUCAGCUGGGGCCUCAUCGCCGAGAUGUAUUUCACUGACUUUACCAAGCCCCGGUUUGUCCACUACGAGCUCCCGCUGCCCUCCAAGACCCCGUCAACACGCUUCCGCUGGUGGCAGCCCCUCCACUCGGGCGAGGGCUACGACCAGUGGGCCAUCGACGACGUCAUCAUCCUGUCCGAGCGGGAGAAGCACAUCAUCCCCAUGGCUAACCCCACCCUCCCCCAGAACUUCUAUGAGAAGCCGGCAUUCGACUACCCCCUGAACCAGAUGAGCGUGUGGCUCAUGCUGGGGAACGAGGGCAUGGACCGCGAGAGCAACAGCAGCUUCUGUGCCCCCACGCCUUCCGCCAUGGUGUUCGGCCGCUCCGACGGGGACCGGGUGGCGGUGACCAGAGACUUGGCGCUGCGCACCGGCUACACCCUGCAGUUCAAGCUCAACAUCGGCUGCGAGGCCCAGUUCAGCGGGGCGGCCCCGGUCAUGCUGCAGUUCUCCCAUGACGCCGGGCGCUCCUGGGCCCUGGUGCGCGAGGGCUGCUACCCCGGGUCCCCCGGCCGGGGGGGCUGCGAGGGCAGCGGGCGGGAACUCAGGGGUCCCACCGUCUACCACACCGGAGACUACGAGCAGUGGACCAGGGUCACCGUGGUGAUACCGCGCAGCGUAGCCGCCAGUAAGACGCGGUUCCGCUGGUACCAAGAGAGCAGCGUGUACCGCGACGCCCCGCCCUUCGCCCUGGACGGGGUGUACAUCUCAGAGCCCUGCCCCAACCACUGUGGAGGACACGGAGACUGCAUCUCUGGAGUCUGCUUCUGUGACAUGGGCUACACAGUGGAACAGGACAGUUGCGUGCCGGCGACGGCCACUCCCACAGAGCUGGCGGAGGGCUUUGAUGGCAAGCUGAGCCCUCUGUGGCAGAGUCUGAGCGGGGUGGGGGUCAGCGGGGUCGGGGGCUGCGGCACCAUCAGCGAGGGCAAGGCCCUCUACUUCAGCAGCCCAGGGAGGAGGGAGGCCCGCACUGUCCCCCUCGACACCACCAACACCAGGCUGGUCCAGUUCUACAUCCGCAUCGGCAGCAAGAGCCUGGGCCCCACCUGCGCCCGGCCUCGCUCCCGGAACGAAGGGGUGCUGGUCCAGUUCUCCACCAACAACGGCGUGCAGUGGCAGUUCCUGAGGGAGUUGGACUUUGGCUCCUUCCUGGAGCCUCAGGUGGUCACCAUUGAGCUGCCGCCCCAAGCCAAGACGCCCUACACCGUGUUCCGCUGGUGGCAGCCACAGCAGGGUAAACACUCGGCCCAGUGGGCCCUGGACGACGUCCUGAUCGGCAUGAACGACAGCUCCAGGACGGGCUUCCAUGACAAGUUUGACGGCAGCUCCCCUCUCAGACACAACUGGUACCGCGUGCAGGGGGGCGAGGUGACCGUGGACUGCCUGUCCUUGGACACGGCCCUGACCUUCAACUCUGAGGCCAUCGACAAGAAGCCCCGCUACGCAGAGAGCUGGGACUUCGAGGUGUCCGGCUCCUCCUUCCUGCAGUUUGACCUGAGCAUGGGGUGCAGCAAGGCCCUGCAGUCGGCCACGCUGGCCCACGGCGUGAGGCUAGAGUUUUCCAGCGACUGCGGGCGCCGCUGGACGCUGCUCACGCCCGAGUGUGUGCCCCCCGCCAUCGGCUGUGCCGGCUACACUCAGAGCUCCAUCUACAUGUCCACCCAGUACAAGACCUGGAAGAGGAUCACCGUCUACCUGCCCAGCGCUGCCAAUUCUCCCAGAACCAGGUUCCGCUGGAUCCAGACCCACUUCACCCCCGGAGCGGAGGGCUGGGCUCUGGACAACGUGUUGCUGGCACCUGGGUGUCCCUGGAUGUGCUCUGGACACGGCCUCUGUGACAACGGGCGCUGUGUGUGUGACCGUGGUUACGGAGGGGCGCACUGCGUGCCGCUGGAGCCCCUGCCCUCCAUCCUGAGAGACGACUUUAACGAGAACCUGCAUGCGGAGCAGUGGCCUGAGGUGUACGGGGCGGAGCGGGGCACCCUGAGCGGAGAGCCCCUGAAGUCUGGCACCGCCCUCAUCUUCAAAGGGGAUGGUCUGCGUUUGCUGGUCUCUAGAGAUCUGGACUGCACCAGCACUCUGUACAUCCAGUUCUCCUUCAAAUUCAUCACCAAGGGUGUCCCAGAGCGCUCUCACUCAGUCCUCCUCCAGUACUCUGUGAACGGGGGGAUCAGCUGGCUGCUGCUGGAUGAGUUCUACUUCCCCACCUCCACCGACACCCUGUUCCUCCACCUAGCGCUGCCCGCCAGCGCCCAAACCAACGCCACCCGCUUCCGCCUCUGGCAGCCCUACAACAGCGGUAAGAAGGAGGAGGUCUGGGUGAUCGAUGACCUCAUCAUCGACGGCAGCUCCCUCCACAACCCUCCGGUGGUGUCGGACAGCUUCGAGGGAGGGCCCCAGGAGGGGAACUGGCUCUUCUACCCUGGAGGGAACACAGGCCUCUACUGUCCCUACCAGAAGAGUGGCCAGGAGGAGGACGAGUCUGCCAUGGUGUUUGUCUCCAGCGAGCCGGGGGAACACUCCAUCACCACCAGGGACAUCGACGUCAACGAGAACACCAUCAUCCAGUUUGAGAUCAACGUGGGCUGCACGGCGGACAGCUCCUCCGCCAACCCGGUGAGGCUGGAGUUCUCGCGAGACUUCGGGGCCACCUGGCACCUCCUGGUCCCGCUGUGCUCGGGCGGGCCCCAGCCCUCCUCCCUCUGCUCCACAGAGCUCCACCCUGCCAGCGUGUACUACCCCGGCACCACCCAGGGCUGGAGGAGGGAGGUCGUCCACUUUGGAAAGCUGCGGCUCUGCGGGUCCGUGAGAUUCCGCUGGUACCAGGGUUUCUACUCCAGCGGCUCCUCCCCCCCUACCUGGGCCCUGGACAACGUUUACAUCGGCCCCCAGUGCCAGGACAUGUGUAACGGGCACGGGGCGUGUGUGGGGGGCACCCACUGUGUGUGUGACCCGGGCUACUCAGGGCCCGACUGCUCCCUGCCAGACAUCCCCAACCCAGACUUCCUCAAGGAGGACUUCGAAGGAGGAGCAGUGGACGGGGAGCGCUUCAAGCUGCUGAGCGGAGGGAAGCCAUCCAGGAAGUGUGGCAUCAUGUCCAGUGGAAACCACCUGUUUUUCAGCGAGGACGGCCUGCGCAUGCUGGUCACCAGCGACAUGGACCUGUCCAACGCCAGGUUUGUCCAGUUCUUCCUGCGUCUGGGCUGUGGGAAGGCGUCUCCAGACCCGCGCUCCCAGCCCGUGCUCCUCCAGUUCUCCGUGGACGGCGGGCUGACCUGGGGCCUGCUCCAGGACUUCCUGUUCAGCAACAGCAGCAACCAGGCCCGUCUGGUUGCCCUGGAGAUCCCCCUGAGGGCGCGCACGACCUCCACGCGCCUGCGCUGGUGGCAGCCCUCAGAGAACGGUCACUUCUACAGCCCCUGGGUCAUCGACCAGGUGGUGGUGGGGGGCAGUGCCAGCGGCUGGGGGCCUCUGGAGGAUGACUUCUCCUCCAUGGACGGCCGCUCCUGGCUGCUCCACCCCGGCGGCACGCGCAUGCCCGUGUGCGGCUCCGACGGCCCCGCCUUCGCCUUCAUCGAGAAGUCCAACACGCGCUACGCCGUCACCACCGACAUCAGCCUGGGCCAGGAUGCUUUCAUCCAGUUCGACUUCUCAGCGUCCUGCUCCGUCACCAACUCCUGCUACUCCAUAGAGCUGGAGUACUCUCUGGAUCUGGGUCUGACUUGGCAGCCAGUGGUGAGAGACUGCUUGCCCACCAGUCCAGACUGCUCCUCCUACACCCUGCAGAAGCUGCUGGUGGCUGACACCUUCAACAAGUGGGGGAGGGUCACCCUGCCCAUCCCCAGUUACGCCAGGUCCCCGGCCACCAGGUUCCGCUGGUUCCAGCAGGCUCCGUUUGACAAGCAGCAGACCUGGGCUCUGGACAACCUCUACAUCGGAGACGGCUGCCCCGACAUGUGCUCUGGACACGGACGCUGCCAGCAGAGCACCUGCGUGUGUGACCCGGAGUGGGGCGGGGAGUACUGUGACGAGCCUGUGGUGCCCCUGCCCUCCCAGCUGAAGGACAGCUUCAGCAGGUCCCCCUCCCUCAGUCACUGGCACCUGGUGACCGGGGCCAAGCUGAGCACCGUGUGUGGAGCUGUGGCCUCUGGGGCGGCACUGCACUUCAGCGGGAGCUGCAGCCGGCAGCUGGUGACCGUGGAUCUGAACCUGACCAACGCUGAGUUCAUCCAGUUCUACUUCAUGUACGGCUGCAUGAUCCCCCCUAGCAACCGUAACCAGGGCGUGCUACUGGAGUUCAGUCUGAACGGAGGGAUCAACUGGAUCCUGCUGACGGAGAUCUUCUACGACCUCUACACCAAGCCAGGGUUCGUCAACGUGCUGCUGCCCCCUGCUGCCCGUCAGGAGGGCGUGCGCGUGCGCUGGUGGCAGCCCCAGCACGAGGGGGCGGACCACAGCGACUGGGCCCUGGACAACGUGCUGAUCGCCGGCUCCGACCCGCGGGCGCAGAUCUCAGACACCUUCGGAGGGGUGGCGCUGCCCAACCACGAGAGAGCGCCCUCUGACGGGACCACCACGGGCAGGACAGGGCUUGUCAGCGAGCUGGAGGACUCCCCCAUAGUGAGUGACCACUGGUUGUUCUCCGAGGACUGUUCGGUCCAGCGGUUCUGCAGCUCUCCGGACGGCGUGAUGGUGUGUGGCAGCGUGGACGGCCGGGAGGUGUACGCGGUCACACACGACAUCGUGCCGGACCGCGGCUGGGUCAUGCAGUUCAAGAUUGCGGUGGGCUGCACCGUUCCAGAGCGCCAUGUGGAUCACCAGGUGCACGUCCAGUACUCAGUGGACUUUGGAGUGACCUGGAAGUAUUUGGUGCCCCAGUGCCUGCCCGCCGACCCCCGCUGCGGGGGCCAGGUGUCCCAGCCCUCCGUCUUCUUCCCUGCCGGAGGCUGGAAGAGGGCUGUGUACCCCCUGCCCGAUAGCCUGGCAGACACGGCGGUGAGGUUCCGCUUCUACCAGCAGCACUCAGACAUCCAGUGGGCUGUGGAGAACUUCUACAUCGGCCCGGCGUGUGACGCACACUGCGGAGGGCAUGGGGACUGUCUGGACCAGCGCUGCCUCUGUGACCCUGGCUUCACCGGACCCAACUGCUACGCCAGCACAGCCCUCAAGGCCUCUCUGAAGGAGCGUUUCGACUGGGAAGGGGUGGCAGGCCCCCAGUGGCAGGUCCUGGAGGGGGGCCGUCCCUGCACAGACUGCGGUGUGCUGGUGGAGGGGACAGCGCUGUACUUUGGGGGAGCGGACGGCAGGCAGGCCGUCACCGUGGACCUGGACCUCCGGGGAGCCAAGUUUGUGGAGUACUGGGCCAGGAUAGGCAGUGAGGAUAACAUGACCAUGUGCCAUCGUCCGACCUGUCGGAAAGAGGGCGUGCUGCUCGACUACUCCACUGACGGAGGGGUGUCCUGGACGCUGCUCCACGAGAUGGACUAUCUGAAGUACGUGUCUGUGAGGAGAGACUACAUCGUGCUGCCAGAGGGGGCGCUGUCCAACGCCACGCGCCUGCGCUGGUGGCAGCCCUUCACCAUGUCCUCAGGCUUGGCUGCCCCCAGUCUGGAGCGCGCUCAGUGGGCCAUCGACAACAUCCUGGUGGGCGGGUCCGACAUCAACCCUUCCACCCUUCUGGACACUUUCGAUGAUGAGGGUGUUUCUCACGAGGAGAGCUGGAGUUUCUACCCCAACGCUGUGAGGACCGCAGGGUUCUGUGGGAACCCUUCCUUCCACCUGUACUGGCCCAACAAGAACCAGGAUAAGACCCACAACAUCCUGGCCACGCGCGAGCUCAUUGUGCAGCCUGGCUACAUCCUACAGUUCAAGAUUGUGGUGGGCUGUGAGGCAGACACUUGCGAUGAUCAUCAUUCUGUCCUGCUGCAGUACAGGAAGGAUGCCAGGUCUGACUCGUGGCAGUUGGUACAGUCCGAGUGCCUCCCGACCUCCAUCAACAACGUGGGCUGCUCCCCCUUCCAGUUCCAUGAGUCGACCAUCUACAGCCCAGUAAACAGCUCCAGCUGGACCCGAGUCACCGUGCAGCUGCCCGACCACGUGUCCUCUGGAGCCACGCAGUUCCGCUGGAUCCAGAAAGAGGGCAGCGGUGAGCGACACAGCUGGGGCGUGGACCACGUGUACAUCGGGGAGGCGUGUCCUGGCCUGUGCAGCGGCCACGGUUACUGCACCAGCGGGGCGGUUUGCAUCUGUGACGAGGGCCACCAAGGAGACGACUGCUCCCUGUCCAACAGCGACCUGCCCAGCUUUGUGAAGGACAACUUUGAGUCUGGCAGCGUGUCUGAGGAGAGCUGGCGCCUGGUCCAGGGCGGCGGCGUGGGCAGCGGCUGUGGUCAGCUCUCGCCCCACGCGCACGGAGACUCGCUGUACUUUAACGGCUGCAAGAUGAGGCAGGCUGUCACCAAGCCUCUGGAUCUCACCAGAGCCAGCAAGAUCAUGUUUGUGCUGCAGAUCGGGAGUGUGUCUCAGACAGACAGCUGUAAUGUAGCUCUAGACCAGGCCAACACCUUGGACCGCGCCGUGCUGCUCCAGUACAGCGUCAACAACGGGGUCAGCUGGCAUGUGAUCGCCCAGCACCAGCCUAAAGACUUCAUCAAAGCCCAGAGAGUCUCCUACAACAUCCCGCUAGAGGCGAGGGUCAAAGGGGUGGAGCUACGAUGGUGGCAGCCGCGUCAUGACGGAGCGGGGCACGACCAGUGGGCGCUCGACCACGUGGAAGUAGUUCUUGUCAGCACCCGUAAACAAAACUACAUGAUGAACUUUGCCAGACAGACCGGCCUGCGCCACUACUACAGCAGGAAGAGGCGGGCACUGCGACAGCGUGCCUAACCGUUCGCCAUCCGACCUGCCAAUCGACCCACCGCUACAUCCUGUCCCGCCCCCUGAUGACAUGCCUCUCAAGUCCCGCCGACCAGCCGAUUAUUCCAGUCAGCCUUAGACCCCCCCCCCAAGCCCCACCCAUUUAUUCCUCUGCCAGAAAACACGGGCCGCCCACUCAGUAUACGCUGCAGCCAAUCAAGGCCUUCCCAACCUCGUGAGUGACAGGAAGGAAGGAGACAACGAGCAACGUGGCGGCCAUUUUGUUUACUUUCCACGAACAUGUUCUGGGUUUUCUUAAUUAUUUUCUAAUUGUUGCUGUGGUUCUGAUGAUCCCUGUUCCAGUUGCAAGACCCCCCCUCUCCCCCCCCCCCGGCUAUUCUCUGGUCACCCCCCUUCCCCUAAAUCCCCCCCCACCACCACCACCACACUAUUCCUACCACACUGUGAAGUUCAGAGAAAUCACUGCUGACCCCGUCAAGACCCCGCUGGGCUGCCCAGGGAGAAGCUCCCUGACCCCCCCAGUACCCUAAGAGGAAGACGAGGAUGAUGAGGAUGAUGAGGAUAACAGUGAUGAAGAUGCUAAAAGAGUACUGUGUUCUUGCUGUUCUGUGUGUCUGUGGGUUCUUUUCGUGAUGAGUUGACUGUGCUGUUCCGUUCAUUCGUUUGUUGGUUUUCUACUAAUUCAUAUGGUUUUCUGGGUCGGGUUUACUUUUCUCGUUUAUCCGGGAUGGAUGCGGGUGAAAACCCUCCUCUGCAACAAGAAGGAAGAAAGGAACAAAGGAUCCGAAGGAAGGAAAAAAGAGAAAAAAAUAAGAAAAAAUCUAAAGACUGAACAAUUAUUUUGUUUGUUUUUUAUUAUUUUUAUAUAUGUUGGUUCCCGAAAUACAGAUAUUUAUGGUAAAUGGUUCUCCACGUAACCUAUUUAAGAUGCACUGUGCGUGAAAUCUGUAUGUUAUUUUCUAGUGUUAAGUUAUUAGGCAGUCGAGUCAGGCUCUGUGACUGCACCAUCCCCCCCCUCUCUCUCUCCUCCCUCCCCCCACCCUCUCUCUCCUCCCUCCCCCUUUUCUUGUGCUGUUACCCCCCUAACCUCUCUACUCUUCUCUCUCUCUCCCUGCUCAUUUCUGAUACCUGGAGAUUAGGCUCUAUCAGUGUUGUUUUUUAAAGUCUGUGUAAUAUGGACCCUCUCCCCUCAGUGUAACUUCCGUAUAGCAAUCUCCUGUAUAUAUAUGUAUAUCCACAAUGGGAAGACCCAGCAGCCUUAUUAAAGGGAAAUAAACAACUGUCCAAAUCUC